GGCGAGGGAGGCUCCGCCCCCUCGCGUCACAGGCUGCGACCGGCGGCGCGGAAACCUGGGGGGCUCCACGUGCGCGGCCGGAGCGGGCCGGGUCGGGCCGGGCCUGCAGGUGAAAAUAGCCAGCCAGCUACAAGAUUGCCACGAUGAGUUUUGUUGAAUAUGGAGAUACAAUACAAGAAGGAGACACAGCUAUUGUCUUCUUGGGUCAUGAAUCUAUGUUUCCUGUGAAAGUCCAGCAUGGCAGCAAAACUCAGACUAAGUAUGGUGUCAUUAGACAUUCCACUGAUCUCAUAGGCAAAAAGUAUGGCUCAAAGGUGACCUGCAGUAAAGGGGGAUGGGUGGUUAUUCUCCAUCCGACUCCAGAGUUAUGGACUAUGAAUCUUCCCCACAGAACUCAAAUUCUUUAUUCAACUGACAUCUCUCUAAUCACCAUGAUGUUAGAACUGAAGCCAGGAUCCAUAGUGUGUGAAUCAGGUACUGGAAGCGGUUCCCUUUCUCAUGCUAUCAUCAGGACAGUGGCUCCAACUGGGCAUCUGUACACAGUGGAGUUCCACCAACAGCGGGCAGAGAAAGCCGUGGAGGAGUUCCGGGAACAUAAAGUAGAGCACCUCGUUACUGUGAAAAACCAGGAUGUCUGUAAAAAUGGGUUCGGGGUCUCCAACGUGGCAGAUGCUGUGUUCCUAGACAUUCCAUCUCCAUGGGAGGCUAUAGGACACGCAAAAUCAGCAUUGAAAGUUGAAGGCGGACGCUUCUGUUCCUUCUCCCCUUGCAUCGAACAAGUUCAAAGAACAUGCCUGGCUUUGGAAGAACAUGGUUUCACUGAGAUUAACACUUUGGAAAUUCUCCUCCGAGUAUACAACGUAAGGACAAUUAGCUUGCAAAUCCCUGACCUUGGAAAAGCAGCAGAGGAUAAUUCCAACCCAGGAUUUGACAGCAGCAACCAAGCAAACCAAGGUGUCCUGUGUGGUAGUCAGCAGCAAGGAACCAUACAGUUUAAAAGUGGUGUGCCACUCCGGGAAAUGGUGGGGCAUACUGGCUAUCUAACCUUUGCUACCAAGAGCCUGUUGUAGUAUGUUUGGCAUUUGAGUGUGCAUACAGCUUGUCUUUAUAUCUAUGAGGUUAUUUUUUCUAUUGAAGGAGAUCCAACUUGUACUCGUCAGUGAAUUCCAUAUAUAGUCAGAUUCAGUUAAAAUAUGUUUUGUUUAAAUAACACUUGAGCACUAACUAGACCAGCGGAGCUAGGAUGCUGAGGCUCUGGAACAGGGCUCCUUUAGCUGCCAAGAGGAAGGUAAUUUACUACUUGAUGGCAAUUCAUUGGAAUUAGAAAAUAAAACCACUUAUUGAUAAGUCUGGGUUAAGAUCACUGGCGUUCCUUUGUGCUUUCUGGAUCUUCUUAUUAAGUUUUCUUCUUUUCCCCAAACCACAUGGGACCCUUCUUUUUGUUGACUCCCAUAGGGUUUGUGUGUGUGUGUGCAAAACAUGAAAGUUUCUAGUGGCCUCAGUUGCAAUGCUGAAGUUGUAAACUCAUACAGCUGUCACAGAGAUUGAUUGCAGAAUAGUGUUUCCCUAGAAUGGUAUUUGGCCAGAAGGAAGAUUUUUUGCUCUGGGUUCAAGAACACAACCUCUUUACCCCGUUUCACAAAGGCAUCUGCAAAUCAGUUGAACUACAGAAAAUUCUGUCAAGCUUGCUGAUUGGUUUACAAGAAUGGUUUGGAAAGAUCUUCCCAUUUUAGAGAUCUGGUCCAGAAUGGCUCAUUCAUACUGCCACAUUAUAAUAGAACAGCUGCUUUCACUUUUCUGAAGAUGGUUAUAAAUGUAUUAAGAAUGGCCACUUAUUGUUAACUUCAUACAUCUCUGUGAUCAGUAUACCUUAGUUGUGGGGAUUAUUUUUUUAAAUAUAUGUUAAGUUACCAGGGCCUGCUAUAUAUUAGUGAUGGGAAGCUUGCUUCUGGCAGCAUUUAACAAUGCAAAUGUAGUAAUUUACUGUAACACCCAUCGUUAGGCUUUUUUACCAAGGUUGCUUGGUGAUUCGGAUCGUUUUUGAAUACCAGAUUAAAUUUAAUUUUUACUGCU